AAACAUUCUUAAAAUAGUAAACCAAGAACACCAAAAAGCUGAGCAUGUUCCCUUUCUUGAAGCAUCGGUCAAGGUCGGUCCACGGUGAUGAUGAGUUGUCCUCUCCGGAACAAAGAGUGGCUCUCACCUCCACCGUAGAGACCGGACAAGCGUGUACGACACUCACAGUAUGGAGAAAAUCGCUUCUUGUUAGUUGUCAAGGUUUCACCGUGAUAGACUCAAAUGGAGAUCUGAUCUACCGGGUUGAUAACUAUGCCCGUACCCGGCCGGAAGAACUCAUCCUCAUGGACAAAGAUGGCAGCUCCGUCCUCCUCAUGCACCGUACCAAGAAAAUUACGCUAGUAGAUAGUUGGGGAAUAUAUGAAACAAAGGAUACUAAUGGCGAAGCAAAAGUACCAAAGAGCCCAAUCUGGUACAUGAGGAAGAACUUGAAGAUGAAUCUUUUGAGCACCAAAUCCAACAUUUUGGCGUACGUAUUUUCAGUGCCGUUCGAUAAGAAGAACUCUUACGUCAUCAAAGGAUCGUACAGAUGUAAAUCGUGUAAGAUAAUGCACGUCCCAUCAAACCGGACAGUGGUGGAGAUCAAAAGAAAAGAGGCCAGAACAAAAGGAGUUCGGUUUGGUUCAGAUGUUUUUGAUCUGGUUGUUGGUUCGGAUUUUGACACCGGUUUAGCAAUGGCUUUGGUUUUGUUAUUAGACCAAAUGUUCUCUAAAUAA